AUGGACUGCAUUGCAUCAUACAUGAAAGCCAGAUUUCAAGAGGAGGCCUAUUGUCACCCAAUCAACAUCAGGAACAAUCGGGAUGGAAAAACCUGCAAUGCAGAAGCUGCUGAGAGAUAUGCCAAAGUGACUGAGCCAUCCAUUCUGGUGACUGACUCAAACACCAUCCACAUUUGGUAUUUGCUGGAUGCUCUCAGCCCAAAAAGAAGGGCCAACAUAUGGAACUGCCUUCAUCUUCUGAGGGAACCACUGCAGGAGAGCAUAAAGGCUUCCCCACAGGCAUGGCAGAUGGACAAGUCAUAUUUCCAUGAUAAUGCUGAGUUGAAAGGUGCACCAUCAACCUGUCACCUGCAUGGUUUCAACAGGGUCAUGGGGUGGCCCCAAAAUGGCUUCCUGGAAGCCUCAUGGCUGCUCAAAUCCAGGAUGGAAAACACUUCUACAAGGGAAUGGGUCAACCAAAUGUCUGACACCAAUGCCCUGUUAUCUGCGAUCCUGCAUGUCAUCCAUCCACAAAUAUAUGCAGAUGGCAGGGAAGCAUUGAUCCACCUUGGUGAACAGGUGGAACAGUGGGCAGAUUCAGAUAUGAGCUCCAUACUGCCAAUAUGGAGCUCCACAUAUAGCAGCAUGCAACUUGUUACCACAGGGAUAAAUGGACAGGAUCCAUGGUAUGACAUGCUGGUAACUAUGGGCAACUACCCACCCUUGGACUUUGUCAUUCCAAUGUUGAAUCUGCAGCUGCACUACAACCCAGGGACGAUCAUUGCAUUUUCAGGUUCAGCAUUGGAGCAUGGGGUGGGAGCUGUAGACAGUGACAGAGCAUGCCUGGUGAACUACAUGCAUGCCAAUACCAGUUGCAACUGGAGAACUGUUGAUUUGAAGCUGCAAAAUUUAAUGCAAGAUUUAGAUAUGCUGGCUCUUGAACUUCAGACGGGUGGUGUUGCCAAGAUUUUGCAAAUGGGUGGGUGCUUCAACAUCAUAGAUUGGGCAGGUACUCAGAGCUAA